UCAUCACCAUAACCAUCAUCUCCAUCAUCAUCUCCAUCAUCACCAUCAUCAUCUCCAUCAUCAUCUACAUCAUCUCCAUCAUCUCCAUCAGCAUCACCAUCAUCAUCUCCAUCAUCACCAUCAUCAACUCCAUCAUCUCCAUCAUCACUAUCACCACUGCCAUCAUCAUCUCCAUCAUCAUCUCCACCAUCACCAUCAUCAUCUCCAUCAUCACCAUCAUCAUCUCCAUCAUCAUCACCAUCGUCACCAUCAUCAUCUCCAUCAUCAGCUCCAUCAUCACCAUCAUCAGCUCCAUCAUCAUCUCCAUCAUCAUCUACAUCAUCUCCGUCAUCUCCAUCAGCAUCACCAUCAUCAUCUCCAUCAUCAUCUCCAUCAUUACCAUCAUCAUCUCCAUCAUCUCCAUCAUCAUCUCCGUCAUCUCCAUCAGCAUCACCAUCAUCAUCUCCAUCAUCACCAUCAUCACCUCCAUCAUCACCAUCAUCAUCUCCAUCAUCACCAUCACCACUGCCAUCAUCAUCUCCAUCAUCAUCUCCAUCAUCACCAUCAUCAUCUCCAUCAUCACCAUCAUCAUCUUCAUCAUCAUCAUCACCAUCAUCACCAUCAUCAUCUCCAUCAUCACCAUCAUCAUCUUCAUCAUCACUAUCACCACUGCCAUCAUCAUCUCCAUCAUCACCAUCAUCAUCUCCAUCAUCACCAUCAUCAUCUCCAUCAUCUCUAUCAUUUCCAUCAUCAUCUCCCGGUGGUUGGAACACGUCUCUGGAGGUGCUGAACACAUCUCUGGAGGCGCUGAACACAUCUCUGGAGCUUCUGGAGCCGCUGAACAUAUCUCUGGAGGUGCUGAACAUAUCUCUGGAGGCGCUGAACACAUCUCUGGAGCCGCUGAACACAUCUCUGGAGCCUCUGGAGGCGCUGAACACAUCUCUGGAGCAGCUAAACACAUCUCUGGAGCAGCUGAACACAUCUCUGGAGGCGCUGAACACAUCUCUGGAGCAGCUGAACACAUCUCUGGAGGUGCUGAACACAUCUCUGGAGCAGCUGAACACAUCUCUAGAGCAGCUGAACACAUCUCUGGAGCAGCUGAACACAUCUCUGGAGCAGCUGAACACAUCUCUGGAGGUGCUGAACACAUCUCUGGAGGUGCUGAACACAUCUCUGGAGGUGCUGAACACAUCUCUGGAGCAGCUGAACACAUCUCUGGAGCAGCUGAGCCAGAGGAGCGUGUAUUAA